AUAUAUUUCUACUCACCACGUAAAGGCUUUGCAGCUUUCACGACGGCAGCCUGUGUCUUAAAAAUUUCUAUAAAAAAAUAAAACUGUCAAAAUUUUGACUUGUACAUUUUGGCGGGGAAUGUUAUGUUGAUUAUCGUUAGAAAACGCGAAUGAAUAGUAUUGAGUUGCUGGAUUUGAAAGUUGACAAACUGUGGAACAACGUGGCUUCCUGUAUGGAGAAAUGGUUUGGUGAUAAACGGCUGUGGUUAUUCGGUAACAACCUGCCGCUAUUGCCGAGAAGAUCGCGCGCUUCCAGCCGCGCCAUGGAGCGAUACGAGAAACUCGCCAAGCUGGGCGAGGGCUCCUACGGCCUGGUCUAUAAGUGCAGGAACCGGGACACCGGGGAGAUCGUCGCCAUCAAGAAGUUUGUGGAGAACGAAGACGACCCGCUCAUCCGGAAGAUUGCGCUCCGAGAGAUUCGGAUGCUGAAGAAUCUGAAACACCCGAACCUGGUGAACCUUAUUGAAGUGUUUCGACGAAAGCGCAAGCUGCAUUUGGUAUUCGAGUACUGUGACCACACUGUACUGCAUGAGAUGGAAAAGUAUCCAGCCGGCUGCCCCGAACUGCUCUCGAAGCAGAUCAUCUGGCAGACGCUGCAGGGGGUGGCGUACUGCCACCGGCACAACUGCAUCCACCGCGACGUGAAGCCCGAGAACAUCCUGCUGACGGCCGACGGCGUGGUCAAGCUCUGCGACUUCGGAUUCGCCAGGAUGAUCAGCCCCGGGGAGAGCUACACGGACUACGUGGCCACGAGAUGGUACCGGGCGCCAGAACUGCUUGUUGGUGACACCAUGUACAGCACGCCAGUGGAUGUUUGGGCUAUCGGUUGCGUGUUCGCGGAGCUUUUGUCCAGCGAAGCGUUGUGGCCCGGAAAGAGCGACCUAGACCAAUUAUAUCUAAUUAGGAAGACCCUUGGAGACCUUUUGCCUCGGCAUAUGACAAUUUUCUCGCAAAACUCGUUUUUCCAGGGAUUGGCUUUACCAGAACCGACGACCUUUGAGCCGUUAGAAAAGAAGAUACCACCACGAUACGCAAAUAACGAACUGAUUCUAGACUUUUUGCAGAAAUGCCUGGAUAAAGACCCCCUGAUGCGGUGGACGUGCGAACAGUUGCUGCGACACCCGAUCUUCGAGAACUUUCUAUUCACCUUGCCCAAUUCUGACCAUGAUGAGUACGAGCGGAUCCGGAGGGCGCAGGUACAAUCAUCCCCCCUCCUGCCGCAGCUGAUAGUGACAGAGCGAUCGCAGCCCAAAGGCAAGAAGGCAGAGAUGGAGUCCCGCAGUCACCUCCCCACCAUAUGACUAGCGCCGCGUCGUGUUUAAAUUAAAUGUUUAUUGCUA